GCCGGCCCCCCGGCGCACGGUUUCUUGGCUGUCAGGAGACGGCGGCCGUUACUUGGUAGCGCGCGGUGGGCGCGUGAGGAUGGUGAUGAGGACGUCGCUUAGUUUCAGACAUUCUCAGGAAAGCUGCUGCUGUCGGGUACCGCAUGGGAAGUUAUAUAUGCAUUUUUAGUUAGCUGGCUAUGUUAUUUUUUUUAACGAAUCUGUCGAAUCUUUUCUCUUUUUUUUAAUCAAAGGAUUAUUCAAAGUUCGAAAUGGACAUAUUUUUAAUGUGUUUUAAGCUCGAGGCUUGACGUAUUUUUGCCUUGACGGUUUUUGACGACCUGAGAAUUGCGCUUAUUAAUGUUUUUUUUUUUAUCUUACCUGUUAUCGCUCUUUUCCUCCUGCUGAUAUCUAGCCAGCGGCCGUCUGCAGUUAGAAACCUGACCCUUUUUUAAACAAUGCGUUAUCCAGCGGUUAGUCUCCCUGGCAGCAUAGGAUGAUGGCUUCACCGGGUACGCCGUCUCCAUCUCACACUGACUCGCCGAGGGUGAACAGCAGUGGCGGGCGUACGCCUUUUCCUUUUGCCAGGAAUGAAUCGUCCACAUAACUCAAUCAACCCGAUAAAAAGCGUUUAAAUAUAUGUCGAUAUCAUUUUCUCCUCUGUGCUUGAAGGAGUUGGAUAUAUAUACGUUGAUUGUCACCACAGUCUGUUGGAUUCGGCUAUUUAGCUAGCUAACAGAGAUGGAAAACGAGGUUUUUACGCCUUUGCUUGAGCAAUUUAUGUUCAACCCGCUGGUCACUUGGGUGAGGACAUUUGGUCAAUUAGGUGGGAAGGAAAGGACCAAACUUUCGGAAUACGUGGAAUUGGUGGACGGCGUCUAUUUGAAUGAUAUCAUGGUCCAAAUAAACCCUAAAAGCAGUACUCAGAGACCCAACAAGAAAGUGAACAAUGAUUCCACCCUCCGGAUACAGAACCUUUCCAUUCUGAUUCGCCAGAUCAAGUCCUACUACCAGGAGACAUUGCAGCAGUUGAUUAUGAUGCCCCUUCCCAAUGUGCUGGUGCUGGGGAGAAACCCUCUCACUGAACAAGGGCUGGAUGAGAUGAAGAAGCUACUGCUGCUGCUGUUGGGCUGUGCUGUUCAGUGCGAGAAGAAAGAGGAGUACAUCGAGAAGAUCCAGACCUUAGAUUUCGACACGAAAGCAGCUAUAGCAUCUCACAUUCAAGAGGUAACACACAACCAGGAGAACGUGUUCGAUCUGCAGUGGGUGGAGGGCGACGUGUCCCAUGAGGACCUGGAGUCCUUGUCCAGGAACAUGGUGUUCCAUCUGAAACGCCUUGUGGAUGAACGGGACGAGCAACUGGAGGCGAUUGUGGAGCUGACCCAGGAGAGAGACUGCGGCCGAGCGUCUCCUCCUGAGGCCGGGGCCCAGUCCCCCAACGGCUCCCCUAGCAUGCGUCGCACCGAGAGCCGCCAGCACCUCUCAGUGGAGCUGGCCGACGCCAAGGCCAAGAUACGCCGACUCCGUCAGGAGCUAGAGGAGAAGACUGAGCAGCUGAUGGACUCCAGGCAGGAGGUGGACAGUAUGGAGGUGGAGCUGAAGCGAAUCCAGCAGGAGAACAUGCAGCUGUUGACAGAGGCCCGUUCAGCCAGAACUUACCGUGAUGAGCUGGAUGCCCUGAGAGAGAAGGCAAUACGAGUGGACAAGCUGGAGAGUGAAGUAGGGCGCUAUAAGGAGAGGCUGCACGACAUUGAGUUCUACAAGGCCAGGGUGGAGGAAUUGAAGGAGGACAACCAGGUACUGCUGGAGACCAAGAGUAUGUUGGAGGAGCAGCUGGAGGGGUCGUGGGCACGCUCCGACAAGCUGCACGAGCUGGAGAAGGAGAACCUGCAGCUCAAGGCAAAAAUCCAUGAUAUGGAAAUGGACCGGGACAUGGACAGGAAGCGCAUUGAGGAGCUUUUGGAGGAGAACUUGAACCUGGAGAUGGCCCAAAAGCAGAGCAUGGAGGAGUCCUUGCACUUGGGCUGGGAGCUGGAGCAGCUUUCCAAGACACCAGACCACUGUGAGGUGCCACAGAAGUCCCUGGGCCACGAGGUGAAUGAGCUGACAUCCAGCCGGCUUCUGAAGCUGGAGAAAGAGAAUCAGGCCCUGCUGAAAACGGUGGAGGAACUGAGGGCGGCAGUGGGCCCAGCCAAGGAGGGCAGGCCGGGCUUGCUUAGUGUCCGGGUUGAAAACCAGAGACUGACCCAGAAGCUGGAGCAGUUGGAAAGUGAGUUGCUCUCAGAAAGGCAGAGCCUGCAAGGUGCAGAGAGCCUGAGUGGGGACCUGAUGAAGGAGAAGGCCCAGCUGGAGAAGACUCUAGACACUUUGAGGGAGAACUCUGACAGACAGAUGAAAGUACUGGAGCAGGAGAACGAGCAUCUGAGCAGUACCAUCGCCUCCCUACGGCAGCGGUCCCAGAUCAGCGCCGAGGCACGGGUCCGAGACGUGGAGACUGAGAACCGGGUUCUCCAUGAGUCCAUCAAAGAGACCAGCGGCAAGCUUAGCAAGAUGGAGUUUGAGCGUAAGCAGCUGCGCAAGGACCUGGAGCUCUACAAGGAGAAGGGCGAGAGGGCAGAGGAGCUGGAGCUGGAGACACUACGACUGGCACGGGAGAAUGAGGGCCUGCAGAAGCGUGUGGCCACCCUGGGGAUCACCUGCGAGAAGGUGGAGGCCCUGGAGUGUGAGAACGCACAGCUGGAGGCUGAGGGCCGACAGCUGAAGAAGAAGCUGGACAGCCUGAGGAACACGGCCCUGCAGCUGGAAGCUCUCGAGAAGGAAAACUCCCAGCUCGACGAGGAGAACCUUGAGCUGCGACGUGCCAAUGAAGCCCUUCGAUCUGUCGGCACCAGGCUGGCUCAGCUGGAGCUGGAGAACCAGGAGCUGGAGAAUGAACGAAGCCAGCUGAAACGCAGCCUCGAGCUGCUGCGAGCCUCCUCCAAGAAGACAGAGCGGCUGGAGGUAAGCUGCCAGGGCCUGGACACCGAGAACCAACGGCUGCAGAAGGCGCUGGAAAACAGCAGCCGCAAGAUCCAGCAACUGGAGGGGGAGUUGCAGGAUCUGGAGACGGAGAACCAGAGCCUGCAGAAGAACCUGGAGGAGCUGAAGAUCUCCAGCAAACGGCUAGAGCAGCUUGAGAGGGAAAACAAGGUGCUGGAACAGGAAACGUCACAAUUGGAGAAGGACAAAAAGCAACUGGAGAAAGAGAACAAGCGUUUGCGGCAGCAAGCUGAAAUCCGAGACUCCAAGAUGGACGAGGAUAACCUCCGCAUUGCCCAUCUAGAGAAGGAAAACCGUUCACUCAGCAAAGAGAUGAUCUUCUUCAAGGACUCCUGCACCAGGGUUAAAGACCUGGAGAAGGAGAACAAAGAACUGGUCAAACAGGCCACCAUAGACAAAAAGACUCUGAUGACCUUACGGGAGGAACUGGUCAGUGAAAAACUGAAGACUCAACAAAUGAACAAUGAUCUGGAGAAGCUGACCAAUGAGCUGGAGAAGAUCGGCUUGAACAAGGAGAGGCUUCUCCAGGAUGAGCAGAGUUCAGAUGACAGCAGGUACAAGCUGCUGGAGUCCAAGCUGGAGUCCACGCUGAAAAAGUCUCUGGAGAUCAAAGAGGAGAAAAUCGCCGCCCUGGAGGCCCGGCUGCAGGAGUCGUCCAACCUCAACCAGCAGCUGCGGCAGGAGCUGAAGACUGUGAAGAAGAACUACGAGGCCCUCCGUCAGAGAGAGGAGGAGGAGCGCAUGGUACAGAGCUCGCCACCUAGGGCCGGGGAGGAGGAGUUGCAGGCGGUGAGCAAGUGGGAGAAGGAAAGCCACGAGGCGACGAGGGAGCUGCUGAAGGUGAAGGACCGGCUGAUCGAGGUGGAGAGGAACAACGCCACCCUGCAGGCAGAGAAGCAGGCACUGCGCACGCAGCUGAAGCAGCUAGAGACUCAGAGCAGCAACCUGCAGGCACAGAUUGUGUCCCUGCAGAGGCAGACCGCCUCGCUGCAGGAGAACAACACUACGCUGCAGACCCAGAACGCCAAACUGCAGGUGGAGAACUCCACCCUGAGCUCUCAGAGCGCCUGUCUGACGGCCCAGAAUGCCCAGCUGCAGAGCCAACUGUCCAGCACGGAGGGCGAGAAGGAAGGGGCACUACGGGAGCGUGAGGACCAGCGCGCCACCUACGAGCUGCUGCUGCGUGACCACGAGAAGCUGGCUGCGCUGCAUGAGCGCCAGGCUGCCGAGUACGAGGCUCUCAUCGGCAAGCACGGCGGCCUCAAGGCGGCACACAAGACCCUGGAGCUGGAGCACCGCGAGCUGGAGGACCGGUACAACCAGCUGCUGAAGCAGAAGACUCAGUUGGAGGAGCUGGAGAAGGUUCUGAAGGCAGAGCAGGAGAAGAUGCUGUCUGAGAACAAGAGCCACGAAGCCACCGUGGCAGAGUACCACAAAUUGAGGGAGGACAACGAGAGGUUAAACCAGACAUACCUGCAGCUGCUGAAGGAGAAUGAAGGGCUGCAGGUGGAUCACAGAACCCUGAAGAGCCAGCUGAACAACGCCAAACUGGAGCAGACCAGACUCGAGGCCGAGUUCUCCAAGCUGAAGGAGCAGUACCAGCAGCUGGACAUCACUUCUACCAAGCUCACCAACCAGUGUGAGCUGCUCAGUCAGCUUAAGGGAAACCUGGAGGAGGAGAACCGGCACUUGCUGGACCAGAUUCAGACACUGAUGCUGCAGAACCGGACCUUGCUGGAGCAGACCAUGGAGAGCAAGGACCUUUUCCAUGUGGAACAGAGGCAGUACAUAGACAAACUGAAUGAGCUGAGGAGGCAGAAGGAAAAGUUGGAAGAGAAGAUCAUGGACCAGUACAAGUUCUAUGAUCCCUCACCACCUAGGAGGCGUGGCAACUGGAUCACCCUAAAGAUGAAAAAGCUCAUCAAGCCCAAGAACCGAGAGCGCAUCCGCUCGCUGACGCUGACUCCCACGCGCUCGGAUUCUGGCGAGGGCUUCCCAGGCCCCUUGGGCCCGGACAGCCAGGACAGCUCCUCCAUGGGCUCCCUCGACGACACCCUGUCACACAAGAGGAGCACCAUGACUGCACUGAAACGGUUGCCCUUUAUGCGGAACAGACCGAAGGAGAAAGACAAAGUGAAGGCCGUCUAUCGCCGGUCCAUGUCCAUGAACGACCUGUUGCAAUCCAUGGCCCUGGCGGGGGGCCCGUGGGCCGGUAGCUCUGAGAAUCUGGACGGGCCUGAGGAGGCAGCCAGCAGGCAGCGCCGGAAGGAGCUGGGAUCCAUGGCCUACUCCACCACGGCCAUCAACUACGCCACGCUCAGCCUGCCUGCCGGGCACAGGUCCAAGCAGAGGCUCAAAGCCAAAGACAACGCUUCCUGUGAGGACGUGGCUCCAGCUUCCCCGGAGGACGCCAAUGGCUUGAGGAGUCAAGGGCUGCAGGACGUGAGCAAUGCUGAGGCACUCUCUCCAUCUGCAGUGUGCAGAAUCCCCUGUCACAUCUGCUCUUCCAGACCCACCAGCCUCCAUAGUAGCAGGACCACCAGUAGCUAUAGCAAUAAUAACUCCCACUCCUCCUCGCUGGAGGUCAAAGGCACAGUGAACGGCAGCCACAGCCGACCGCAGAGCGAGAGCAGUGGGGAAUUCAGCCUCAGCCUGGACAACGAGGCCUGGUCCAGUGGCAGCAGCCCCGUGCAGCAGCCUCUCUCGCAGCGUGGAUCUCGGCAGAGCCCCCUGCUCCUGCGCAGGAGCCUGGAGCCCCCAAGCGCCCAGGCCAGGAGGAGGACUGCCUCACCGGGGAGCGAGGUGAUGUCCCUGCAGCAGUUCCUGGAGGAGAGCGUUAAUUUGCCAGAGAAUGGCAGCCAGGAGACCCUGGCCACAGAGUCCUCUCGACUUUCAGCGGACUCCAAUGAAGUAGUGCGGCGGGAGCGGGGCACACGUGGCAUCCUGCGCUCGGCCAGCGGGAGGGUACCGGCCACCGACUCCACCUCUGAGAGUCGGGUAUCCAAAGCGGGACGUCCCAGCCUGCGUAAAGCAGAGAGCACGCGUGUCAAAGGCUCGAACCCGAUGCGGCCUGCACUGAACGCCCAGGGCAAGGCGGUCUCCGUGUCGGAGCGCUUGGACGCUUCCUCGUCCACACUGCCUCGCGCCAGCAGCGUCAUUUCCACUGCCGAAGGCUCCACACGCCGCACCAGCAUCCAUGACUUUAUGUCCAAGGACACACGGCCUCCUGUAUCUGUGGACCCAGCCCCAACCAAGGCCAGCCACCGGGGGCAGGCCGCAUCCAAUGUGGAAGGUUUUCCUGAGCGCAGAAAGUCAAAAAGCAGGAGCGGGGAGAGACACAGCUCCCAGACAUAGAGCCCCCCUGCCACUGGCCGCCGCCCUACUGGGCCCCAGGGGUGAGUGUCCUGCCAUAAGCAGAGCGGUGGCUGUUUGGGGACAGUGACAGGGGCCCUAACCCCCCCACAGCGCCUCGCCGCUCGCGGUGUGAACCGGCCCUCCGUCCAAGCCGGAUUCCUCUGCGGUGCACAAGGACGGCGACCUGGAGCCUCUGCGGGGACACUUUGCGUUUCGUUGUACCCCCCCUGCCCAGCAGAGGAGGUGCUUCCAAGCACAUCUGUCAGUGGCUCUUUUGUUUACAUCAGUUUUCUUAUUCUGUUCUGUUUUUUUUUUUUUUUUGAUUUACUAAAGUGUACUGGGAACAAGUCUGUGUUGAUGACACUGAGUCUGUGUUGGGUGGGUUAUGUGAACAGAACCUGAAAAGCAUCCCUGCAUGACACUCCUGCCUGACAGGCUCCCCCCGGUUCUGGGUGCUGGUGUUUUCACAUGAUCAUCUCUCCUCUGCUAACUCACUUUCUCCUGUCCCUCUUUUCUCUUCACUCUGUCCUUACUGCCUCAUCAAGAGGGAGGGAAUCUUUCCCAUCAAGCUGUUUCAAGCCCGUUAAAAAAUAAAGUCCCCUCUGAGAGUGUAAAUCCUGUUUUAUAUAAACUUCUUAAGAAUCCUUCAACUAGACUUUCCUAUCAUUCCUUGAAUCAAGGAGAAAAAAUGACUCCGUCUUAGAAAUUUUAUCGUGGCAAUUUUUUCUAAGUAUUGAAUCUGGCAAAAGCACUGCCGCACAACUGACAAACCGCCGACACACGUGUGCCGAGGACCAGAGGUCUGUGCUGAUGCUAUCACCUGGGAAACGGAAACGCGUCUUUCCAUAGAGCCAGAGGAUUCGUGCUGCCACUUCCUGGGCUCACCCAGCCUCUGCCAUCUGCCGCCCGCAGGCUGUACACAGCAAGCAUGCACAUCCUUCCGACGUGGGAUGGCUGAGCUUCUCCGCUCAAGAUUCUGCACAAAGAAAAGCAUGUGGACGCCAGAGGGGGGAAAAAAUCAAACUGGUUCCAGUGUGUACCGCAUGGAGCAUUCUGUUACCAGGUGCCCCCCCCUCCCAGGAAUGCAGACCUUGUCAAAAAUGUUCUGUGUCUCCCAUAGACCAAAACGCCAGGAGAAGCACUGCACCUUUUUCAGUUUUUCAUUCUCGCUGUGAGUUUCCAUCCGUUGCUGUGAGUUCAGAGCACCCCCUGGGAUGGGCUGUGCAGGCCACCAGCAGCACAAAGGAUCCAGCCGGUGUCUCUGUCCAUUCUGAUCGUUGCUCUAGUUGGGAAUGACUGACUUUCAAUAGUUCGUUCCUAUUUUCCACUGUUACUUUUACAUAAAGGCAUUCUGAUGUGAACAACCA